AUGGAGGCGGGCGAAGUGCUGGUGCUCGCUCACACGGACUUCAUACCUUGCUCCGCUUCCUUCGCGUCUGACAUGCUCUUCUCCGCGUCCGCCCGGGCACGGCCGGCCAGAAUUCUUGACCCGCGGAGCGUGUCGGAGAAAACGCCUUGCGAGAGCCGCGGAACAACCUGCACAGGCGCUCCACACUCUGUUCCAAGCGUGCAAGGCGACGCUGCCGACGCGCCGCGCCUGACUUGCGCGACUACCUCUCCGGCUUCCUCGUCUUCUUUCUCGUCUGAGGGAAUGUCGGCGUCUGGCGCGGCCUCCAAACGGGCGCCAGCUGGCCGCGGCCGCCCCCGAGGAGGAGGAGGCGACGAAGAGGAGACAGUGUCUCUCGACGCCUCCGGCGGCGCGGCUGGGCGUGGGGGCUCGGCGCGCCGCCGCGAUGGAGAGAAGGAGGCCGAGCCUCGCGGAGGCCGAGCUGGACUGAGAGAGGAGGAAGCUGAGAAGAGAACCUCCAAAAACUCCGCGGCAGUGGGGAAGUCUCAGCGAAGUCAUGAGACUCUCAGGAGCUCGCCGCAGGGACAUGGGACAGUUCUCGACAGCAAAAAAAGAAAGGACAGGAAAGCCGGCGGCGAGGCCGGCGUAGAGGCCUCGUCUGCUGCUGCAGGCGAGAGCAGCCCCCGAGCAUCUGGUAACACGGGCGCCGCAGUUCGUCGGACUUCGCCAUCGUCUCUCUCGCGGACGAUAACAACGCGAGGCACGCCCUCCGCUGCGUCUCUCAUCACAGAAGGAGACGCACGUGUGCGUUCCUCCUCGGUCGUCGAUCUUUCCGCAUGCGCGUCGCAGGCUGACGCGGCUGCAGCCUCUCAGGGGGCUGCCGCGAAGGGGGAGACGCGAGGAAGACCGAAGAAAGGCAAGAAAGACGUGCCGGCGAAGCGAUGCGCGGGCCCAGACAGAGAAGAAAAGAAGGGCGCGGGCGGAGGAGCGGAGAAGGGUCAGGGCGGAGACGCCCUGGCAGCGGAGGCCUCAACCGCGUCUUCGCCGUCGCCCGCACCGGUCGCCGCGUCCUCUAGGAAGGAGAAGAAGAAGGAAGAAGAGGAGAACAAAAUCCCGGCGCAUGAGGCGUCUCAAAGCGAGCCCCGAGAAGGUGUAGAGCAAGUGAAGGGAGAUGGGGACGCGGGGGAGAAACGCGGGAAGGAGAAGCAAAACAAGCCAAAGAAAAAGGCAAAGAAGGAAGCCGCGCCAGUGACCACCGGCCGGGCGCGAAAAGGCGAUAAGCCGAAACCCGACGAAAAAGAAAAAGGUGAACCUGCGGCGAGAGACAAGGCUGUGUGCGUGCCGGGAGACGAGAGGGAGAGGGAGAAGGAGAGGAAGCUGAAGGAGAAGAAAAGCGCCCAGGCGGCGUCCUCGGCAACCUUGGAAGGCGAGCCACAAGCGGAGAAGAAGAAAAAGAAGAAAGAUCUCUCGGGUCUGCCUGCUUCAGCUGCAGCUCAGUCCAAAUCUAAGGCCUCUGGAGCCGACAAACCGCCAGCGACUUCGCGCGAGACAAAAGUUCGAACGAGUGAGGCGAAAGUGUGCGCGGCCCGCUCGGUUUCGUCUUCUCUGCACUCCACGGGUGCGUCGUUGCCUCCUUCGAGGUCAUCGUGCUCCCUUCCCGCGUCGUCAUCGUCGAACUCUCUUGCGGCAGCGCGACACGAGGAGAGCGCGCUGGCGUGCAACCUCGCCGUGUCGCCCUGUGUGCCCUCGCGGCGCAGCGAGCCCCACGCGACCGUGUCCCUGCCCUCUGCGUUGGGCUCCAUUCGCUUCGGCGGCAUGCCGAGUGCGCUCAGCGUCUCCACGUGCUUCCUGCUCCAGACGCUGCUUCAGCGCCGCGAAGCCGCGCGGAACUUGAGGGUCCUCGAGAGGGGAUCUGCUUUCUCCGCAUCUUGUGCCUGCGCCGAUGCGGAGAAGGCACGCAGCAAGAACGGCGUCUUGGCGUCUCCGGAUGAAGCCCAAACGACCGCCGUAGGGCCUGUCGUUGGGGACCCGGCGCGCGCGGACGCGGGCCCGACAGACGCCGACGCCCAGCGAAGCGCAGGGCCGCCGGAAGGCCGGGAUGCGAAAGCCGCGGUAGCGGCGGAGGCGCAGAGCCACACCGGAGCUGCUGGCGGCGCUUUGGAGACGAAAGCAGACCUCCAGAGGGAGAAGGGGAGCAAGACGUUGGUUUUUUCUCGGAAAGACGGUACCCUGGAGUCUUUCUUCUCUCUCCUCGGUUCGGCGUCUUCUACCUCGACUCCCCCUCCUGUGACUCGCGCCGCUUCAUCGUCUUCUACUGCCUGUCUGUCUUCAUCGUCUUCGUUUUCUUCCUCCUCUCUAUCGUCGACUUCUGCUUCGCCGCCCUCCAGGCAGCAGCCACAGGAGGACCAGGGCGGAGGCCUCCGGGCGCGAGCGAAGGCGGCCGCAAACGACGCCGCCGUAUCUCCAACUAGCUUGCUGGUUGGGCUCCUGACGCGGCCCUCGGCGCGACGCGGCGCCGGCACGAGGCCGGGAGGCGAGGAGCCUGGUGACGCUCGCCUCCAGGGGCGCGGGGCUGAAGGCGAGACGGAGUCGGCGGCAGGGCCUCUCCUGUCGCUUCUUCUUUCUUCGCCCCAUUCCAGAGGGGGGCCGCGCGCAGAGCCGGCGGAGCCGCGUGCCUGCGGAGUCGAUGGACAAGAAAGAGCCGACUUCUCGCUUCUCCCCGCGCGCCUCGACAGAACCCCAAGCGCCGACGCAGCCGCGGGGGCGCUCGCGGGGAGCUCCUCCGCACGUGCCUUGCUCCAUCACGCUGCUCGCCCGAUGCCCGCGGGCGCCGCACCGGACCUGAAGGAGCCCUCUGCGCGUCUGCAGCCCGCUCUCGCGCCGCCGGCUGUGCCGCCGCCCAACGCCUCGUCUUUGCGGUCGCACCACACCAUCGCAGGCCUCCAGGUUCCGCCGCCGGCGACGCUCGGGCUACCUCUGGGGCGAACCAAGUCCGCGCCGGCCCCCGCGGCGCAUGCGGCGGUCGCGCCGCUGGUCCCGACGCCAGCCAGCGCGUACCCGGCCGCUGGCAGUCUCCUUCCGCGGCUCGUUCUCGUCGAGGCCGGGGGGGACAGCCGAGCGGAGGUGCUGGAUCGGCUGCUCCGUGCGAAGGCCGUCGCCUCGCCGUCGUCCUCGUCGCGUUCCUCCUCGGUGUUUGUUUUGGGCGAGCGCGAAAGGUGCGAGCGGCGCUUGGGCGCUGGCGCGGCGAAGGCCGGAGGGAAGCCCGAGGCCCGCAACGCGAGCAAAGAGAAGAGGCGCCGCGCCGGGGUGCGAAGAAGCACGAGCGUGGAGGCCGUCGGCGAGGCGCAGGCCCGCGAGCGCCUCUCGAAGAAGAAAGAAGGCAAGGCGGAGAAACCCGUUCCACGCGACGUCUUGGCCACAAAGGCCGGCGCGCGAGAGUUCGCGGCGCCGUCGUUCAUGGCGAUUCCCUUCCCUCACGAGGUUCCGCCGCCUCCUUUCCUCCGCAUGUAG